ACGCUAGCUGAUCUCAAAAGCUUGCUCAUCGUCUUUGUGCGCAUACUGCCCUCGCGCAAGAUCCAGAGCUACGCAAAGAAGCUCUUUGGACCGAUCGUACGCUUCAUCGUCAAGAUGGCUGCCAAGGCACUGCACCAGCGUGGCUUGCUUGCUUCCAACCUCGUCUACGAUCUCCUCGUCUUGAUCUUCAAGUGGAUCAUCAAUCUCUUCUUUCGGGAGAUCAGACCGAGAGGCGCACACAAGAUCCCACAAGACGGAGGCAUCAUCUUCGUCGGCGCCCCGCAUCACAACCAGUUCCUUGAUCCUCUCUUACUCUUGUCAGAAGUCAGGCUAUCCGCUGGCCGACGUAUCUCCUUCUUGAUAGCAGAAAAGUCGAUGAAGCGUGCCUUUGUCGGCUUUGCUGCUCGUCUCAUGCAAAGCAUCUCUGUCGUCAGAGCGGCGGAUGAUGCAAAGGCCGGCAAAGGCAAAAUUUUCUACGAUGACAACGCGAAGCAGCACGAUCAUCUUAUCCUGCGUGGACACGGCACGACCUUUACAAAAGAUUUCGAGCCGCGCAGACAAGUCCAGCUGCCCAAAGUAUUCGACUUUGCGGCAGCAGAGGUCGUUGAAGUCAUCGAUGAUACCACCUUGAAGCUCAAGAAGGCAUUCAGCGAGAAGAUACACGAAGCUAUUACUACCACUGAAGCAGCAGCUGCCUCGCGAGGUGUACCCUACAAGAUUCUGCCCUACAUCGACCAGACAAAGAUGUACGGCAAAGUCUAUGCCAAACUGAAGGAUGGCGGUUGCGUUGGCAUCUUCCCAGAAGGCGGCUCUCACGACCGCACAGAUCUGCUGCCUCUCAAAGCUGGCGUGAGCAUCAUGGCGUUGGGCGCUCUGAUGUCAAACAAGUCGCUCAAGCUUCGCAUCGUGCCAGUCGGGCUGAACUACUUUCACGCGCAUCGCUUCAGAUCUCGCGCCGUCGUUGAGUUUGGCUCGCCCAUCGAAAUCCCAGAAGCGUUUGUCGAGCUCUUCAGGCAAGGUGGGGCAGAGAAGCGCGAAGCCAUAGGCAAGGUCAUGGACCUUGUCUUUGAUGGUCUCAAAAGUGUCACUGUCCGAGCGCCAGAUUACGAGACGCUCAUGGUCGUGCAAGCUUGUCGGAGAUUGUACAAGCCGCCAGGUCACCAACUCACGCUGGGCCAGGUGGUCGAGUUAAACAGAAGAUUUGUUGCUGGCUAUCUCAAAUACAAAGAUGAAGAUAAGAUCAAACAGCUGCGCAGUCAGGUUCUCGAUUACAACAAGCAGCUACAGUAUCUCGGUCUGAAGGACCAUCAGGUCGAGCGGUCAAAUCGACCACGAUGGAAGUCUCUCAUCUUGCUUGCCUACCGUGCCGGCCUGCUGUCUGCUUGGACUCUGCUUGCGUUGCCAGGCAUCGUGCUCAAUGCACCCAUGUUCAUAGCAGCAAGUCUCAUCAGUCGGAAGAAAGCCAAAGAGGCGCUUGCUGCUUCAACCGUCAAGAUCGAAGGUCGCGACGUCUUGGCAACCUGGAAAGUCCUCGUCUCGCUCGGUAUGGCGCCCGUUCUGUACGGCACGUAUGUCAGUAUCAGCACCUAUGUCGCAUCCCGCUAUGGUGUCCCACCAAAAUAUCUGAUUUGGACGCCUUUCUUUGCUGUCAUUGCUCUGCCCACAGUCGGAUACUCUGCGCUCAAAUUUGGCGAAGUUGGUAUGGAUAUCUGGAAAUCCUUGCGGCCGCUCACGGUCUCCCUGAUGCCCGGCAACCAGCGUUCGAUCGAACAGUUGCGAGAGCGAAGGGCAGCCUUGGCGGACGCGCUCAGUCGAGUCAUCGAAGAAUUUGGUCCCCAACUUUUCGAUGACUUUGACCAACGUCGUAUCAUCCCGCAAGCCCAGCCAGCGCCAGGCAGCAUGGACGCAAGUUCCGCACUACGACGGAGCCAUUCACAGAGCGGCGUCGAGUCGCGAAUGCUCAGCCAUCCAAUGGCUUGGCUCGACGAGAAGCUUUUCGGGUGGUCGCAAUCCAAGCCGAGCUCGCUCUCCCGCGGUCUUGGCGAUGCCGCUGUGGACGACGACGAGAGCAGCUCAUCAGAGCAAGACGGCGAUGAUGCAGAUUACGAGGAAGUCAUUCGGUACCUGAAUGGCAUGAAGUCGCAGCCGACUACGCCCGGCGCAUCUAGUCCCACUCGUUCACGUUCCAAUUCACGCCGCAACUCGUCGCAUGCGCGCAGUCGAAGCGGCUUCGAUCUGACGAAGCUCGACGCAGACGACAAGAAGCCAGAGCAAAGUACGCUUAGGCAACGAUCAAGCAAAGCUAGCAAAGACUGA